CGCAGAGCCAGCGCCAUUUUGGCUUCCGGGACUCCGUGAUGGCGGCGGGGUCUGUUUGUCGUUGAUUUGUCCUUCCCAAAGCUUGGCCAGAUGGAGGAGGCUGCGAGGAAGAGGAAGAUGCCUUGGGCCCCCCAGGCAGGCCCCGAGCUGAGGACAGAGAGCCCGGAGGACAAAUCCCCCCGUGAGACCCUGGUGGGAGAGGCCGUUUUGAAGGGCUCCCCGGCGCAGGAAGGCAGCGGGGAGGAAAAGGGCCGGAGAUGCCCCCGCAGGAGGGGCUCCAAAGCCAGCCCAGGGUGCUCUGAGGAGGAAAGAGCCAGCCUGUGCCGGGAAGGCGGCCGGAGCUUGAGGGGGAGCUCUGAGCUGGUGGUCCCUGAGCAGCCUCCCAGCAGGGAGAAGCCCUUCAGAUGCUUGGAAUGUGGGAAGAGCUUCAGGAAGAGCUCCUACCUCCUCACCCACCUGCACAUUCACACUGGGGCACGGCCCUACUCAUGUGGGGAAUGUGGGAAGAGCUUCAACUGCAACUCCAUCCUGAUCCAACAUCAGCGCAUCCACACUGGGGAACGGCCCUACACGUGUGGGGAAUGUGGGAAGAGCUUCAGCCAUAGCUCCCACCUUAUCCAACAUCAGCACAUCCACACUGGGGAACGGCCCUACAUGUGUGAGGAAUGUGGGAAGAGAUUCAGGCAGCGCUCCACCCUCCGCAAACACCAUCGCAUCCACACUGUGCAGAAGCCGUACAAGUGUGGGGAAUGUGGGAAGAGCUUUAGGCAGAGCUCCGAAAUGAUCCUACACCAGCGCAUCCACACUGUGCAGAAGCCUUACAAUUGUGGGGAAUGUGGGAAGAGCUUUAGGCAGAGGUCUGGAAUGAUCCUUCACCAGCGCAUCCACACUAGGCAGAAGCCCUACAAGUGUGGGGAAUGUGGGAAGAGCUUUAGCCAUUGCUUUGAAAUGAUCCUACACGAGCGCAUCCACACUGGGGAACAGCCGUAUGUAUGUGGGGAAUGUGGGAAGAGCUUCAACCAGAACUCCUACCUCGUCAGGCACCAGCGCACCCACACCGGGGAGAGGCCCUACAAGUGUGGGGAGUGUGGGAAGAGCUUCACCGAGAGCUCUAAGUUGACCAGACACCAACAGACCCACCGGCAAGGGAAGCCCUCGAGUGCCCCGACUGCAGGAAGAGCUUCGGCCGCUGCUUCCACUCCCAAUGAACCCCCUGAUGGGGAGGCAACCCCUGGAGUCCAGUGACUGUCAGUCCAUCCCUUUCAACCAGAAAGGGCCAGUCCCCUUUCACAGGGGCAGGUUCUUCCAACAGGACCCUUCCUGGGGUUGUGUGUGGAGAUUCCUGCCUUGGCUGGGGACCCCCCAAGGUCACUGCUGGAGGUUGAGAGCAGAGAUCUCCCCAUGAGUGCUGCUCUGGGGGAGUUCCAUCCAUCUCUAAUUAAGAAUUAUUGCUUUUGUGCCAGCUUUAGUAGAAUUGCUUCAACAAUUGCUUUAGUGUAGAGCACUGUCCUCUCUUAUCCUGUACUCCUGGUAGUUUUAGUGUUUGUAUUGUGCAGUAAUUAAUUGUGAUGAAGAUCUUUUUUCUGAUAAUUUGUAACCUUAAAUAAAUUCAUUUGUAUCAAUA